UCAUCAUCGUUCGUUCGUUUGUUUGAUUGUUAUCUUAUCAAACCGAAAAACAAUUCAGCCGUGGAAAAUAUUUCAUUUUUGUUUUCGCACUUAAAAAUGUGUCAGAAGCGUGUUUGGUGAAAUAUGAUUUUCUUGAUUCCUUUUUCGUGAUCAAUUUCGUAACAACAAUGCAACACCGACAAUAUCGACAACAACAAACGAUGGAUUGGCAAAAAAAUAUUGCCCUUAUCAUUGUCAAUCCAAUCAUGAUUAUCAAUGAUGAUGAUCCACUGAUAACCGACGACAAUAAUGAUGAUGAUGAUGAUAAUCAUUCGGAUUAUCAAAUUUAUCUUCAACAUUUUGAUCGUCAUGAAAAAAUUUCACCCAAUAUUUCAUUUGAUAAAUUACCACGAAUGAAUCUUUCCAAAGAUGAUUUUCAUCGUGAUUGGUUGAAAUCAAUUGAUUGGCCGAAUCGAAAUUCCGAUAUGGAAACCUUAAAAUUUCAAAAUGUUCCUAUUAUUCAUGAUAAAUUUAUGACUAGUCAUAAUGAUGAUGAUGAUCAUCAAGAUGUAUUGCUCGCACUUCGUAUCUGUGCUUUACGUUGUUUAUUCACUGAACUAGGUAUCAUACCGAACAAUUGUGAUUUUGUUCAUUUCGAUGAAUCAAUAAUCGAUAAAUGUCGUAAUGAUUGGCAAAAUUUUCGUAAAUUUUAUCUUGCCAAUUUUUUACGAAUCAAUUUUGAUAAACUAGAAUUAUAUGAAUGGUGGAAUUGGCUGACACCAACUUCGGUUGGUCAUUCACCACGUUUCGAUACAAUUUAUUAUCUGGUCAUUUUACCUCAGACUUUUCCGAAAAUUUCUACAAAUAAUGGUCAUUGGAUUUCUCCGAAUCAAUUAUCAUCAUUGUUAUUACCACCUAGUGAUAAUUAUGAAUUGAAAUGUUUAUCACAAUUUAAUCAAAUCGAUAAACUAAAACAAUUUUUGAAACAAGAAUAUUCACAAAUAUCGAUUCAACGAUGGAUACCAUACAUAGAAUUUUAUCAAGAUGGUUGUAUUUCAUAUUUACCAGGUGAUCAAUUUUAUCCGGAUCAUGUAUCGAACAUACCGAUUGCACCACCACGCUUCAACACAGAUAUUACAAUGAAUCAACGACGAUCAUCAUCGAUGAAUCGUAUCGAACAUCAAGGGUUAAAAUAUCAGAUAAUCGUUUCGGGUAAUCAUCGUUAUCAAAUUUUGCCGAAGAAAAUAUCUAAUGUAAAAUCAAAAUUAUAAAAAAGUUUACAAAAAUUUUUUUAUUCAAUUUUAUCGAUUUCUAACC